UCAUCGACUAUCACGAUCUCGAAGAGCGUAUUUGUCAAUAUCAAGGAUCUGUAACCGCGUAACCAAAACGAACACCGACAAAAAAAAUCGAGAAAUUUCGGUAUCUGAUUCUCAUCUCAAACACCAUUCUGAUCUCAUCACAUUACACUUCUCUCCCUCCAGUCUCGCCAUUCCAUACAUCUGAAAAUGGAGGGGACUGUCUUCACUCCUGCACUGGAAGAACUCCAGCAUGUAAAGUCUGAGCAAGGAGAGAUUCUGACCAAGCCUUUCUUGGAUUCAUGCAGACACAUAUUGCCUGUUAUAGAUAAGUUUGGACCUGCUAUGACCCUUGUUAAAUCCGACAUAGGUGGUAAUAUAACGAGAUUGGAAACUUUAUAUUCAUCCAAUCCAUCAAGAUUUAAUAUCUUGUACAGUUUGGUACAAGUAGAGAUUGAAAGUAAAACCGCUAAAUCAUCAUCCAGUUGUACCAAUGGGCUUCUUUGGCUGUCAAGAGCAAUGGAUUUCUUGGUGGCUUUGUUCCAAAACUUGAUUGAGCAUAAAGAUUGGCCAAUGUCACAAGCAUGUACAGAUGCAUACAACAAGACUCUGAAGAAGUGGCAUGGCUGGCUUGCUAGUUCAAGCUUCACUGUAGUCAUGAAGCUUGCUCCAGACAGGAAGAAGUUCAUGGAGGUGAUAGGAGGCACCGGUGAUAUCAAUGCUGACAUAGAGAAAUUUUGUACAAUUUUCUCUCCUCUCCUUCUUGAGAAUCACAAGUUUCUGGCGCGAUUUGGGUUGGAUGAUAUGAAGGCAUCAUGAGUCACAUAUUCAAUCAUGCAUGGUCAGAAAUACUUAAUGAGUGGCUCUUGUAUGGAAUCAUGGUCAGAAGUUUCUCAUGAAGAGCUCUUGAAUGCUCAAUCUUAUUUUAUCCAUGUUUUCAACUUUGGCACACAAUUAACAUGAUAAAUAAGUAUUAUUCAAUGUGCCUCUAAUUUUACUCUAUACAACUUAUUUCAUUUAUGUCAUAGUAUUUGUUACUAUCAAAGUUUACGAUGAUGCUAAGGCUACUAGACGUUCAUUGACUAAUUUUCUGUAAUACCUAUAAAAUAUUGGUGAUGGAAGUUUAAUUUGGCUAGAUUUAAA